AUGUCACAUACCUCGAGACAGACUGGUUUCACAUCGUGGAGCAUCGGGUUCACUGCCAACAACGCCUCUACCGCACGUCCAGUUCUAGACCCACACAUCUACGAUAUCAAGACCGCGAUCUCCAACAUGGGCGUCAUCGCUAGCAGCAUCUUUUCCGCUGGACAGGCCACAAAUUCAAAUGUCGACAUCAAGGCCACUGCCAGACGCGAGGCGAUAUUCGCAGCCAUCGAUGCCGCUCUCGUAGGCCCAAAGGAUGGAGCACUCAACUCAUGUGGUACGAAAUGUGUCCAACCAUCCACAGGCAAGGAGAAGAGAAUAGCGGACCAACACCAUAGCCCAAUAAAAGCGAAGCUAGCGAAUAAGGACGCAGAGCCAGGCAGGAAGGACACCUCUGAUCUCGAUACACAUCAAGAAUUCCACUGGUGCAAAGUAUCAUCCAGAGCCGCAUUCAACCAACUAAGGUCACUGGGGACUUCCGAUUCCAAAUCACCAGCGCAGGAGUCAGAUUCGCUUUCGUCGAAAUUGACACGUGAAGAAAAGAUGGCAAUGCUUCGAGGCUACUGCGACUGUCCCGACUGUGCCCCAAGCCGCUAUGGCCAGUCAAGCGGUGACGACCCAUCAUGCAUCACGGACCUCAGGGACACCGCGAACCUCGGCAAACCCAUCGUCAAUCUCAUCGAAAGCCCACAAGGACACCAAAGAGGGUGGGGCCGUUGGGAACAGUGGAACAAAAGGUUCCGCGAUACUGGCUUCGGCGAGUCCGUCAUCGAAGCACUGCCUGAUUUAUCAGAAAUCACUGAUACCUUCAGCCAACUCUUCUUCGCAGGGCAGCUUGGACCCGAGCCUGUCCGCACACUGUGGGCUCAUUUGGAUUCGGACGUCCUGGGUUCAACAGUAAUGCGCGUCAUUGAAAACCAGGCCAGUGUGCCAUGUGUUCGCGAGGCUAGGCAAUUGUAUCCUUGGCUUGUUGGAACGCCACAUGUGCAGUGCAGAGAUGACGACGCGGUAUGCUUCGAGAUUACAGCCUACCGGGACAGGCGCGUGCUUCCUUGGUCGCCAUGGAAGAGACAUGACAGUGAUUACAUGCACCGCAGCAGGCGGAAGUCAAUCUAA